GAGAAGCAGCGGGCUCUGGGUGGCUGGAGGAGGAAGCCCAGCCGUGGCCGGGGCUGCGGUGGCAUGCGGAGCAGCGCUGCUUUGCAGGCGUGAAGUUAGCGGCUCGCCGGCAUCGCUCCUCCGGUUGGGAGAGCUGGGUUGGAGGUGCCCAUCUGGGAGCUAAUGGGUCACGCUCUCACUCCACCCAUUCGCCACUCGCCAAUUGGAAGUGAGGGAGAAAGAUGCUCUGGAUGGAUUAAUGUUGGAGCCAUUGAAAAAGCAGGAGCCGUUGCCGCCUCAGCCACCUGAGCAAGUGGCAUUUGGGAACAAGUGUGGUGGCUCAGGGGGAGCAGCCAGGAGGGGAGCGCAGGCUGUCUGAACAGCAUCUCUAAUAAAGAAGUAGUGCAGAGUCUCCACCAGCAGCGAUGUCAAGAAAUGGAUACUUCUUUGAAGAGAGUGGGUACCUCAAGUGCGACACGGAUGAUGGCUGCGAGGCCAAGGAGGAGACGGGGGGUGAGGAGCUCUUCGAUGCGGUGAACUCCUCCAUCGUCUCGGGGGACAGCAUCCGCUUCUUCGUCAACGUCAACCUGGAGGUGCCGCCAAAUGCCACCGCUGAAAAUGAAAGUGCUGGCUGCGUGUUACUGCACACAUCAAGGAAGUACCUGAAAUUAAAGAAUUUUGAGGAAGAAGUCAGAGCCCACCGAGACCUGGAUGGGUUCUUGGCCAGAGCCAGCAUCAUCCUUGAUGAAACAGCCACCUCCUUGGAUGAUGUUCUUCGAGAGAUGCUGAAACACUUUGCUGAAGACCCUGAAAACAUGGAGCCAAGCUGCAACUUUGAAAAAAUCAUGAGCACUUUAUUCACGGAUUCAGGGACCCCACGAGAAGGAAAUGGCACCCAUGAUGUUUCAGAGUCAACAGGAAUGAAUAUACAAACAUGUACAUCGCACCUCAAAUUUCACCUCUUAUCUGAUACAAUUCAAGGGGUCACAGCGACAGUCACAGGGGUGCAGUAUCAGCAGUCCUGGCUGUGUAUCAUUUGCACUAUAAAGUCCCUUCAGCGACGUCACGUUUGUAUCAGCCGCCUGGAGAGGCCUCAGAAUUGGGGUGAAAACUCCUGUGAAGUGAGAUUUGUGAUAUUAGUCCUGGCUCCUCCUAAAAUGAAAAGUACCAAAACAGCCACAGAAGUGGGCAGGACCUUUGCCACGAUGUUUUCAGAUAUAACCUUUCGACAGAAACUCUUAGAAACCAAAACUGAAGAGGAGUUCAAGGAAGCCUUAGUUCACCAACGCCACUUGUUGACAGUGGUGAAUCAGAGACCUUCAGCAAUGAGUGAUGGGCACAAGUCGCACGGUCAUAAGCCACUCAAGUUGCAUGAGUUUCUCAAUGUUGGCAAGGGGAUUUCUGAUGACAUUGCACGAAGAUUUCCAGUGUACGCUUUGGACUUCACUGACGGUGUUAUUGGAAACAACAAAGCUAUAGGAAAAUACAUCACAACUAUGAUCUUUCUGUAUUUUGCCUGCCUCCUUCCAUCUAUUGCAUUUGGGUCACUCAAUGAUGAAAAUACUGGAGGAGUUAUUGAUGUGCGGAAGACAAUCGUCGGCCAGUGUAUCGGAGGGCUGCUUUACGCGCUCUUUUCGGGGCAACCUCUAGUUGUGCUCCUAACUACAGCUCCUCUGGCACUCUACAUUAAUGUCAUCCGAGGAAUCUGUGAUGACUACAACUUGGAUUUCAGUGCUUUCUAUGCCUGGAUUGGAUUGUGGAACAGCUUUUUCCUUGUGAUGUACUCCCUCUUUAAUUUCAGUCUUCUGAUGAAGCUCUUUAAAAGGUCAACAGAAGAAAUAAUUGCACUUUUUAUAUCCAUCACGUUUGUACUUGAUGCCUUCAAAGGUAUUAUUAAAGUUUUUAAGAAAUAUUACUACCAUGGGCGCACAGGAGACAGUUACUUUGAAAAAGCACGAACUGAUGCUAUUCCAGGCCUCGGCAUCAAUACCACCUUCUUGAUGAAUUCAUCAGUGAGCAGAUCCAUGUCCCUAGAGAAUCAAACAGGCACGCAUGAUGUGCAUUAUGGACGUGAAACUGCCGUCCUUAGUCUCAUGUUGAUGUUGGGUACCCUUUGGCUUGGUCAUACGCUCUAUCAGUUUAAGAAAAGCCCAUAUUUGCAUGCAAGAGUACGUGAAAUUCUGUCCGACUGUGCCUUACCGAUUUCAGUUCUGACUUUCUCUGUUGUGGGUUCCUAUAUCUUCAAGGAAAUCGAAAUGUCCAAAUUUAACUACAACCCAUCUAAGAGCUUGUUCGUGCUGGCUCCAGUCCAGUCCCUGUCCAUCGGAUCAGUGAUGAGCGCCAUGGGGCUGGGAUUCCUACUGUCAAUGCUCUUCUUCAUAGAGCAGAACAUCGUGGCAUCGCUCACAAAUGCCCCGGAGAACAGGUUGGUGAAGGGAACAGCCUAUCACUGGGACCUCCUCCUCGUUGCUCUGAUUAACACGGGUUUGUCAAUCUUUGGCCUCCCAUGGAUCCAUGCUGCCUUCCCUCACUCCCCAAUGCAUGUCCGCGCCCUGGCCUAUGUGGAGGAGAGGGUUGAAAAUGGACACAUCUAUGAGACGAUUGUGAGUGUGAAGGAGACCCGGCUGACAAGUCUAGUGGCAAACUUCUUGGUUGGCCUCUCACUCCUGCUCCUCCCGUUCCCUCUCCAGUGGAUCCCAAAGCCAGUCCUCUAUGGCCUCUUCCUCUACAUUGCAUUGACCUCCAUUGAUGGAAACCAGCUCUUUGAAAGGGUGGCUCUCCUGCUUAAAGAACAGACUGCUUAUCCUCCAACACAUUACAUCCGCAGAGUGCCCCAGAGGAAGAUCCACUAUUUCACAGGCUUGCAAGUCCUACAGCUCCUCAUCCUCUGUGGUUUUGGCAUGUCACCAUUGCCCUACAUGAAGAUGAUCUUCCCACUCAUCAUGAUAGGGAUGAUCCCAAUCAGGUAUAACCUGCUCCCAAGGAUCAUCGAAGCCAAGUACUUGGAUGCUAUGGAUGCAGAGCAUUAAACGGGAUCCUCCACACACGGAGCAGCGAGGGCAUCUCUUUUGGAGUUGGAAGGCAGCUUUGCCGAGGUGUAGAACAAUCUAUCUGCAGUUCUUUCUUUCACCACUUUCUUUCUGCUCUAAUAUGGCAUUGGUAAUGCACACAUAUCAAGACCAAUUGAGCGUUGAAGUGUCAGACCAAACCAGCCUUGGACUUGGGAGGCCAAUUCUCUUUGGAGCUGUGAGGCAAGCAAGCUUUAUGGAAAGUCCUACUUUCCACAUCCCAAAACUGGAAACCCCAAAGACCAGCUUGUCCGUACAGCUGGAGCAUGUGUUCUCAGAGUUGUCAUGUGUUCCUUUGUUUGAGGGUUGGGGGGAAUCUCUUCGGUUUUUUAUGCACCAUGUCCCUUUCUUCCAAAACACUGUAAGGACAGCAGCUGACGCUUCUUUUGCAAAAUGUCCUGUUCUGGCCUUUGAAUUUGAUUUCUCAUGCAUCCAAUAUUCCCAAGCUGGUAUUCUGAGUGGGAGGGCCUCAUGCUAAACCACUUAUGUCAGGAGGGAUGUCUGGCCAUCUCUUCAGAUCCAGCAGGGUUGGAAACAGAUAUAAUUUGUACUGAUACAACCCACAGCUUUGAAUAUUUAAUUCCUACAAAUGAGCUGGAACUAUUCAGAGGUUGGGCUUGCAUGGCGGUGUUGAUGAAACCACAUCUGGGUCUAAGCUAUUUGGGAGUUAUUUUGGAUAUUUCUACCAUUACUUCUCGGUAAUCAAACACAGAAAUGUAGUUUUGCACAACUGCAAUGUUCUUGCUUGCACCCAGAGUCAGAUGCUGAAAUUUAUCAAAGGGCAGUUGUGUUAACGAUUGCAUAUACAUAUGUACAGUAGUGCCUAUGUGUACAUAUAUACAUAUGGAUUUGUGUAUAUAUUUUGCAUAAGUAUACAAAUAGGCCUGAUUCUUUCAAAAUAUCAAAAGUGUUCUGUGCGGUCAGUGUUACCUGUGAUGUCUUGACCAUAUUUUUGUUCUCUGCUUCAGUGCUGCUUUUUCUUAUUUGAGAUACAAUCACUUUUUCCUUUUGAAGCUGCUCAGUUACUGGUUUUGUUCAUUUGUUGCUUUAUUCAAGGUGUUUCUUUGCUUUCUUCUUUCCAUGGCUUGAGACCUUCAUCAUUCUGUCUUGAUGCUCCAACAUGUGAAUUUUGCAUUUAAUUUUAAUGUACAGCAUGCAAUGAAAGUUUUCCUCUUCCACCUAAUCAAUAUUUGUUGGUCAUUUCAUUGUUUCUGUUUUGUAGCUAAUCUCCAGUUUUCCCCACUCCCAGACAUUAUAUUAUAUUUCUGGAUGAAUCUAACUUCUGCUGUCUUUUGUAUUUCAGUUUAUUUAAUUUUGCUUGUACUGUGGUCAGUUUUCUUAUUUGGAGUACUGUGAAACAAGCUGCCUUUAGUUCAGUGCUUGCCCUUUGCUGUACACUACAGAUCACAGGUAAAGCGUUAAGAAAAAUGUGCACCUCUGAAGAUAAUGAACUUUCAAAGCAGUAGAAAUGAGGGAAGAGGAUUCAUAUAAAAUAAAAUGCAAAUACAUUAUUAGCACAGAGAAGUGUUUCUUACCAAUUGCUUGCCCGGUAAGUGGUACAGUUUUUGUCGACACGUGCCCUACUGACAGGGUGUUCCUCAAUAUGAUGAGGAAGACGGAUUCUCUAAUGAGGGAGGAAGGAAUUGGGUAAAAAGCUCCUAUGCUGAAACUAAGCCAGACUCACUGAAGAUUUGGUGUAUUUGCACUAAAUAUCGGAUGGUAUUUCAUCUUAAUGUAGCUGCCUACGGCUUUAAAACAUGUAUGAAAACUAAAUUUUUAUUUUCUUAUGAAACCCUUCAUCUUUGUAUUGAUACUUGAUGGAGGAGAGCAGUAAGAGUUGUUCCCAAAAACGUGGCCAUGGUUUAUAUGUCCCCAAGCAGGGAAAAGCCCUCAGCUUAGCAAACAAAAUGAUGUCACGUAACCUUGAAAGCAUGACCUUCAUGUUGCACCAACCACCUCUUGUGGAACUGCUGAGAAGUCUUGGGGUCAGGAUGACCACCCCAGUACAUCAAAGCAGGUGAUGCCGUGCGUUUGGCUUUCAGUCAGUCUUGGAGGCAGCAGGGGUAACUUGUGUCAUGUCUGAUAAGUGGCAUCACAGCAGUUAAAAUCCAAGUGCAGUUUCUGGCCGUCCUCGUCAGUGUUUCCUGGCUUUUGAGUCAUUUCUGUGGUGAGAUCACUAAUCGCUGUUACUGAGGUCUACAGGUAGAAACAGGGGCCGAAACGGUCAGCAAACAGGAUUUUGGGGCAGUGCAAAUGCAGAGGUGGUAAAAGUAUGUCUGAUCUUCAGUCAACAGAAUAAGAGCAGGUGACGGCAAACAGUUCAGUACCUGUUGUAAGGCAGGGAGUGCAAAGGCUCGAUGAUGUCUAAAUAACACGCUUUUCCCACAGAUGUCAAAAGCUUUAACCAAAGGUAGAAUGAAAAGCCUCAUCCUGUGGUUGAGUAAGCUAUUAAAUGCACGUGUCCUGGGGUUGCAUUUCUGGUGUCUUGGCUCUUGGCAGGAAGAAUUCACCCUGCGGGCUGGUUUAAAUCACAUUGUGGAUGCUGUGACUGGAGGAAGGAGAGGAUGUGCCCAAGGGAAUACGGUUCUGGUCCUCUUUGAGGAAAAGCAGAGGAACUGGGUGAAAUUUCCUCCAGCACAGAGCAUGGUGGGGUGAACUGGCAUGCAGGUCUUGCCGGAGGAAAUAGUUUUGUUAUGUACCCUCCAUCCCCCCACUUAGAAGGACCAAAAAUGUCCCCAUUUAAAGCCUCUUUGGAAACAUUGAUUUUGGGAAGUGUCAAAUGCUGCUACUGAGAUCAUGUAAAAUCCAAAUAGCUUGGAGGGGUUAAAUAUCCAUCACAACUCUUGUUUGCAUCUUUUAUUGCUGUUGCUUUACCCGUAUGACUUCAGUGUUUGUAUUUUCUUUGUAGCAUCAGUAGGAUUCUGUUUUGCAGGGUUUUCUUUCAACAGAAGUCAGGGGCCAAAGAAUCAACUGAUGGGAAAUAAGCACAACUCAGAAAAAGAAGUUGUGCUGACUCAGACUCGUUGAACAUUUGGACCCAUGUCUCAAUAUAUGGGUAUAAGGGAGAUGUGAGACUCGAGGCCUCUUGUCUCAUAAAGGAUUGUAAUGAUCCUGCAGAGGAUUUUUUUCAUAAAAGUACCUUUUGUUUUCUUGGUUACUUCUGGUUUUGCUGACUUAAGUGCAGGCGUUUCCAGGAAGUAGGCUAACUAGGGAAGGAGAGUUUGUUCAGAGUUGAUUGAGCACUUUAAUACUUCUGUGAAGGUUAAGACAAUUGGAAUGUAAAAAGUUUUAUUAUAAGCUCUUUAUAUACGCACAAUGCUAUGUAUAACUGUUGCCAAAGAACUGGGUUUGAAAGAUGUUGAUAGCUAUUAAGAGUCCACGAUGUUCACCUGGAACCACAAGGUAGUAAAAAGCUUCUGGAACAAGUGGAUUUUGGAAGUUACCUUUUGACAGCUGCCAAAACAAUCGGAAACUGAGGAUAGAAUAAACGUCUACUCUCAAACUUGUAGUUUUUGAUCCUUGCAUUGAAUGUAGGAGCUAGAAGUUAGCUUGACAAUUAAAAUUGGAUUUAUACCUGAAUAGUUUUGUUGGUCUGAGACUUAUUUUGUUGCCUUCAAAAAUACUGUUGACAUGUAUCCGUUGACAUGGGAAUAGAUGUGUUUCUCCAUGUAAAUGAUAGAAAGUUGGUGAAACUACAGACUGCUGAACAGGCAGUAAUAGCACUUUCUAGAUUGCUUAGGAAGCAAAUCUGACAACUUCACUAGCAGCAAUCCCCAAAUUCUCUGGCGUCAACGUUUGAAGCUAUUAAUAAAUGUCAAGCUCUACUUGGAUAUGCAUCAGUGCAUUGCUGUGAAAGGAUGGGCAUGGAGUAAAUGAAUUCAGCUGGUUUGCUUCGGAGCUGCCAUCUGGUGAAGUGCUUCAAGAUGAGCCCAACAACUGUGGGAUGUGAUACACGCUUCCUGAUGACCUGUGUGAACUGGGAUGCUCUGAAAACAAGUACAGUAGAUGGUCAUGUUUCCACAUACUGUAGUUCAAAAAGGUCCAUAGCCCCCGCUGUACCAAAAGACUGAAACUGUUUGUAGACUUGGAUAUCAAAUUUGGCUGCUUUAGAACCUGCUGCUGAGUUGUGUUCUAUGGAUGCUCUUUGAAGAAAUGUUAAGCUAGUCAAAGCUGGAUAUAUCUGGAGAACACUUAGGGGGGCAGGAAGGGAAGGGGCCGGGAUUUUUUUUUUGUGGAAUUCUCAGCAACAAAAAAGGGACCUGAGACAUGCAAUGUCAUCAAAAGCCCCUACCAUUUUCCAGUCUGUGUCCCACUAAGCAUUUAUCUAUUUGUUGACCCAUGUUCAUACUACUUGUUGAUCAAGCUUUUUUCUAAUUCCUUGUGUUCUGUUUCUAGCCUUUGUAGUGUUUAUAUCUGCCUGGAAGGUUAAUGAGCAGAACCAGGGUUGGCUCAAACUCAUCUCUUGCGUCUGUCCCCCCAAAACCAGUGCAAGCCAAUUUCUGUCAUCUCCUGACCUAGCUGUCCCCUUCCCCAGCCCUUCUCUGGAAGCUGGCUCUGGCAUCCCCAUUGUGGAAAUGCUGCCAGGGUGCCAAGUGGGGAGUUUUUCUCUGGAGAACUUGAGCCUGUGUCUGAGCAGCAGCAUGGCAGCAGCCACUCCCUUGGGGCUUACUUUGCCAUAAUAGGCAAUUAUGAAGGAUUCAUAAUUGUCCUACAGUUGCACUGUCUUCUGCAUCUCUUUAGACAAUUGCUUUAUGGUGCAGUGUUCCAGUUGGGCUGUCCUCCUUUCAUCUGUCAAGCUUCCAAAACAACUUAGACAUAAUGGGAUGGGUUUGCUCCAUUUUCUAUCUGUGCUGAGGCCUGUGGAUGUUAGAACAGAAUAGUCUUCUCUAAUUGUUUUCAUAUCUAAUUAUGGCGUUUAAGUACCAAACCCUGUCCAUUAAACCACUGGCUGCAGAUCUGGUUGCAAAGAGCAAGUCAUCAAUAUUGUGUAAAAAGCAGACAGACGAGGGAGUUGCCAGAGUACAUGCUUUAGAAAUACAAAUUAGCACUUUCCUCUUCAACUUUUGUGUGUUUUCCUUUCAAACUAAGACAAUCCUUGGCUGUGUCUGUCUUUCUGUUGUAGAAAACUCUGCAUGAGCUUGGAUCACUUGGCACUGCUCUGAUGUCACAUUAAAUAUUAAGAGUUUGUCCUGGGGGAGAUGCUGCCUUCUGCUCCCCAUCUGUAUUUCUGCUGCAAAGAGCUGCUUGCUUGGAGAGUUGAAGUCUGCUCUUGGAGCAGAAGAGGGGGAUGCAUGUGGCAUCUCAGUUGGUGAUCUGCGUGACAAAUUCUUGCUGCUGCAAAAGCUAUCGUUAUCGCUCGUAGCUGCAGGUGGCACUCCCAAAAGUGAACAAGGGAAGGGAAAAACAGUUUGCAAUUAAAUUCUGUCCCUGUUGACCUUGAGCCACGCUGGAUAUUUGCUUUUAGCAUUAAAAAAAAAAAAAACCAAACAAACACACCAACCACAAACCAAACUGAAAAACACCCCCACCUCUUGAGUAAAGUGUUUGUUAUGUGAUCAGGGUUUUGCAGAAAACGAGCAUAUCAAAUUCAAGAGCUGGAGUAUCAGUUUCGGUGCUGGGGAGGCUUUUGCUGAAGGGCUGUGCUCAGUCCUCGCUCUGCCUAUCAGCCACAAUCAGUGUCUCAGCACGCUUUUUCCAGGCAUUGAAUUUAGAUAAGUUUCACAUGAUUGGAUGACUUAGAUGGCUUUGCUUCUGCCAGUGUCCGUGUGGCAGGGUGGCAUGGCUGUGCUGGUCUCUGCCAGGUGUGGCUGGAGCAGAAGGUGCAGCCCUCGGUGCUGUGAGAGAUGACAUCUCUGGUUUUGCAGGGGAUCUCUUUUGAGGAGGUGGUUGAUUGACAUCUGAGUGACAUGACCGAGCUCAUGCAGUGUACCCUUCUCUCUGUGAGCUGCUUGCCUCGGGAGCUGAGUUAGCCACCUUUCUAUUAUUUAAAGCGCGUAUCUUUAGCAUCAUGUAUUUCUGAACUUCUCAACUUUGGGACCAGUGCCACUGAUUUCAAACCACAUCCCCAGCGGAAUCCCAUCCUGCAUAAACAGGCUUUUCAGUGAUUCCAUCUUUAUUGUGGAGCUUCCUUCCACCUGCCCAGGUGUUAGCAGCUACCUCCCAUCUCCAAGACUUCUGAAGCCAAAGUGUAAUUGGGGCCCUGGUUUUUAAGUGCCCCUGUCUGGAAGCUGUGGCUGCUGGGACACUGCGUGAGAGGUGUCCGUUCCCUGGCAGGUGCUGGGCUGUGAUCUGAAGUG